AUGAGUGAUUCAAAUUCAAUGAACAAUAAACAACAACCACGAUAUUUUCGACGAACAACAACAAUAACAACGAAAAGUUAUACAAUCAAUUAUGGUAUAAUCGAAGUAAUUGAUUGGGAAAAUCAUGAAAAAUUGUUACAAAAAGAUCGAAUAUUAUUGAAAAAUAAUCGUAAUGUUUGGCAUUAUGAACAUAGAUCGACAAUCAAUCGUUAUGAGAUUGUUUAUAGGCAAAAUAAUCCAUUACAAUAUUCAUUUCUUGUAUUUCAUAGUCUAUGCAAGAAUGAUUCAGAUCAAUAUUUUGAACAUCUAAGUGCGGUAUUGAAUAAUCUAUCUGAAUAUAUGACAUCAAUAAAAUUCGAAGCAUUCGAAAAUCUUAAAACAAUUAUGGAAAUUCUAUCCACGAAUCCAAAUUGGAGUACAACACAUGUGGCUGCUCGGCUUGGUUAUAGUCAAUUUUUUAAAAAUAAAAGAGAUAUCGCCAUAAAGGAAAUUAAUCUACAAAUUCAACCAGAUGGAAUGACACCAUUACAUUUGGCCAUCCAUCAUAAUCAUAAAGCUAUAAUUGAAAUCGUGUUACUAGAUCUAUAUCCAAAUCUAAAUCUAUUGGAUUUUAAACAAUAUUCUGUAUUACAUCAUGCUGCACUUUCUAGACGAGAUAUUUUUCGUUUAAUUCUUAGUCAACCAAACAUGUUUGAUAGAAUUUUAUGGAAAAAUCAUCAAGGAUCAACAGCAUUACAUUUGGCUUGUUUUGCUCGAAAUUAUUUGAUUGUAUAUGAAUUUCUAAAAUUUGGACUAACCAUUCAAAUGUUGACAUUAUCGCCACCGAAAAAUCGAUUGAAAUCACAAAAAAUUGAUAAUGGUAAUCAACAAAUCAUUCGUUUCACUGAUCAAGAUUUGGGCGAUUUGGAUCGUCAAGAUAUUGAAAUGGUGGGCAGCCCAUUACAUUGGGUUAAACAUCGACGAUUGAUGGAAAAAUUGAUAAAUAUUUAUAAAUUUCCAUUGAAUAUUCGAAAUCUUAAUGGUGAAACACCGUUACAUGUUAUGGUCAGACGUAAACGAAUUCGAUGCGUCAUUACAUUAUUGUGUUCGGGAGCAAAAAUUGAUGCAAAAAAUAAAUUCGGUAACACGGCAUUACAUCGAGCAAUUAAAGCUGAUGAAAUAACAUUGUCACAGGCAUUGAUCGUGUUUGAUGCCAAUAUUGAUGCUAUCAAUAAUCGUAAAGAAUCAAUCAGACAUUUAGCAGCAUUGGCCAGUACACGAGAUCAGUCAUUUUUUUCACAACACAUUCUAUAUCUAGUAUCAUCAUUGGGUGCACGAAGAUGUCCCAAAGAUAUGGUUAAUUGUAAUUCAGGUUGUAGUUAUGAUGGAGAUUUUGAAGGACGAUGGAAUUUUGUCAUCAUGGAUUUAACUAAUCAAUAUGAAGCGAUUUUUAGUAAUCUAAAAAAUUCAGAAAUGUUUGAUAAAGAAAUGGAAAAAAGUGAUGAAGAAAUUGCCAAUGAUAAAAAUGGUGUGAAUAUGCUCUGUCUAGAUGGCGGUGGUAUACGUGGUUUAAUAAUCGUACAGGUGAUGCUCGAAUUCCAGAAACACAUGGAACGACCAUUUAUUGAUUAUUUUAAAUGGAUUAUUGGCACAAGUACCGGUUCAUUGGUUGCCACCUAUAUGGUUAUUGGAAAAACAUUAGCCGAGAUACGUAAUAUUUAUUUUCAAUUCAAAGACAAAGUAUUUGUCGGUACUCGUCCAUAUGAUCCAGAACCAUUGGAAUGUUUAAUUAAAGAAUAUUUGGGACCCAAUCUGAUGAUGAAAGAUUUGAAAGGCAAAUAUGGAAAAAAUGUUAUCAUACCAGCCACCCUUCAUGAUCGAGUGCCGAUGAAAUUACAUUUAUUUCGUAGUUAUCCAUCACAUUUGGAACUAUUAAAAAAACCUGAUUAUGAUCGUGGAUUUGCUCGACAUCCUUGCCAGGAUCAAAUAGUGUGGAAAGCAUGCCGUGCUUCAGGUGCUGCUCCAACCUAUUUCAAUUCAUUUGGACCAUUUAUUGACGGUGGUAUAAUGUCCAAUAAUCCGGCCAUCGAUGCAUUGACUGAAUUCGAAUUCUAUAAUAAUGCUUUGAAACAAGUUGGCCGAUCUGAUGAAUGUGAAAAGCUUCGUUUUGUAUUAUCAUUAGGCACUGGCCGUCAACAGACCGAGUCUUGUAAACCGAUUGAUAUUUCACGAAUUUCAUUAAGUUUAAUGGAAGUGAAUAAUCAGAUUCGUUAUAUAUAUCAAAUGACCAAUCUGCUUCUGUAUGAACUUUGUAAUACUGAUAAUCAUAUUGUAAACAGAGCCGAAGGAUUUUGUUCAGCAGCCAACAUACUGUUUUUUCGUAUCAAUCCACAAUUCAACAAAUUAAUUGAGUUAGAUGAAACAUUGGAUUUCAAAAUUGUCAAUCUACUUUGGGAAACUAAACGAUUCAUGUAUCUAAAACGUAAUGAAGUAGAACAGAUAGUGAAAUAUUUGAAAAAAUUUACCCAAUUCCCUGAGCAGCAAAAUGUCAACAAAUGAUAGAUGAUUAUUAUCAUCAUCAUCAUCAUCAAUAAAGAUGAAAAAUAAAAUCAACACACAGGAUUCUUAAGAAUUCGAAAAAAAAGUUGAAUAUGAAUGAACAAAAAAAAAUUCUUUAUUUAAUAGAAAUAAGCAAUAACUAAAUUUUCAUCGAAAUUAAAUUGUA